AUGGCGAGACUUGGCAGAAGAGAAAUGGCAAUCGUCGGAAAAGCAGUAGAUAACGGGGAGAAGAGCCAUGUAUGCACCAAGUACAGGAAGCAUUUGGGACACAACGGGUGCCUUCAUCGACACCAGCAAGCCCACAGAGAAGAUGGAGGUUCUGCCAGAGAAAGGCCCAACAAAUGCAUUGUAUGUGGGCAAUGUUUUACCCAAAAUGUGGCACUUGUCCUUCACAAGACACUUGAUGUUGGGAAAAGCCAUCUUAAAGGGAAAGUAUCUGCAAAAUGUGUGGUGAAACACAAGAAAUUUCACACAGGUCAGGAACAAUACAGAUGCCAAGAGUGUGGGAAAUGUUUUGCUUCCAGUUCAGCCUUGGUGAGGCUCAAAAGACUCGACACAGGAGAGAAGCCACACCAAUGCCAGGAGUGUGGGAAAUGUUUUGCUGAAAGUUCAGCCUUGGUGAGCCACAAAAGAGUCCACACCAGGGAGAAGCCAUACAAAUGUGAGGAGUGUGGGAAAUGUUCUGCUUCCCAUUCAGACUUGUUGAAGCACAAAAGACUCGACACAGGAGAGAAGCCAUACCAGUGCCAGGAGUGUGGGAAAUGUUUUACUUGCAGUUCAACCUUGGUGAGCCACAAAAGACUCCACACAGGAGAGAAGCCACACCAAUGCCAGGAGUGUGGGAAAUGUUUUGCUGAAAGUUCAGCCUUGGUGAGGCACAAAAGACUCCACACAGGAGAGAAGCCAUACAAAUGCCAGGAGUGUGGGAAAUGUUUUGCUGAAAGUUCAGCCUUGGUGAGGCACAAAAGAGUCCACACAGGAGAGAAGCCAUACCAAUGCCAGGAGUGUGGGACAUGUUUUACUUGCAGUUCAACCUUGGUGAGCCACAAAAGACUCCACACAGGAGAGAAGCCAUACCAAUGCCAGGAGUGUGGGAAAUGUUUUGCUUACAGUUCAGACUUGGUGAGGCACAAAAGACUCCACACAGGAGAGAAGCCAUACCUAUGCCAGGAGUGUGGGAAAUGUUUUCCUGUCAGUUCACACUUGGCGAGGCACAAAAGAAGCCACACAGGAGAGAAGCCAUAUAAAUGCCAUGAAUGUGGAAAAUGUUUUACUCAGAGUUCAGCCCUUAACCAGCACCAGAGAACACAUACCGGCUAAAAAACAGCCAUUGUGUGUAAAUGUCUGAUUUCAAACUUUGAGAAGUUCUGCGUCAGAUUUGGUGGAGUCCCCGUUCUUGUCAUUUGAACCUGUAAGUUGGAGGUCUGUUCUCUGGAGCAGCAGAAAGCAAGCUCUGUGUGACAAUCCCUCAGAGCAGUGGUUCUCAACCUGUGGGUCCACAGAUGUUUUGGCCUUCAACUCCCCUAAAUCCUAACAGCUGGUAAACUGGCUGGGAUUUCUGGGAGUUGUAGGCCAAAACACCCGGGGACCCACAGGUUGAGGACCACUUCUUCAGUGUCAGUUCCUGGAAGGUGUAGGAGACAAAGAUAGGCUCACACAGCUUGUAGCUAUGGAAAACUUUAUUGAAUCCGCCUUGCCAAAAUGGCCGCAAAGCUUCUACUGCCCGUCUUCCGCUCUUUCCCCUCAGUAUAUUGGGUGGUUGCUUCCCUCCUCCCUUCACGUCUCUUCUUCUCCAUUCACACCUCCCUUUCCUUUUGUCCUUUCCCACGUUUGAAGACCAGACCCCGUCAUAAACCAGCCUUCCCAGCCAAUGGUCUUCUUUAUCCGAUUUGUUGUAGUCAGGUGUGAAAAGAACAGCUUGGAGAAUGCUGAUCUUUUUGCAUCCUGACAUUCAGAGAGUUAAAUAUGAUUGUCUUGUCACCUCGUCUGAAAAGAAAUAAACCAUAUGUGAUUCCA